AUACCCACUUUAUCAUUUUACUGCGCUACUGAAGACUCAACUCAGAAGAGACAGAUACAGUCAAAUAAUUAGUCUGGAAAUGGGUAGUUUGUAUUCCUAUAUGUAUGCCUUGGCUCUGCUUUGCAGCUUAGCCAAUCCACUGCUGUGCUUAGCCCAUCAUAAUCAUGUGGCCCUCUUUGUGUUUGGGGACUCACUCUUUGAUCCUGGCAACAAUAACUUCAUCAACACCACUACUGAUUUCCAGGCCAAUUUUUGGCCCUAUGGUCACUCAUUUUUCAAGUACCCAACAGGCAGGUUUUCUGAUGGUCGCCUCGUCCCGGAUUUUAUUGCCGAGUUUGCCAAGCUGCCAUUAAUUCCGGGGUAUUUCCAGGCGGAGGAGCAACGUGGAUAUGUUAAUGGGGUGAACUUUGCAUCUGGCGGUGCGGGCAGUCUUGUUGAAACCCAUUCUGGUUUUGUAAUUGAUCUUAAUACACAACUGCAGUAUUUCAAGAACAUUAUAAAGGAGUUGAAGGGGAAGUUAGGGGACAAAGAAUCGAACAAAUUGCUGUCCAGUGCCGUGUACAUGUUUAGUAAUGGCGGCAAUGACUACUUCAGCCUUUUUACUACAAAUUCCACCAUCUUUAAUUCAUAUACUAAGGAGGAAUAUGUGGACAUGGUUAUUCAUAGUUUUAUUAAUGUUAUCAAGGAAGUAUACAAGGAAGGAGGAAGAAAAUUUGUCAUUUUUUCUGCGGCGCCUUUAGCCUGCUUACCAUAUUCAAGGGCCUUAAAGUUUCAACAAACAAAUAGAACUGGUUGUGAGAAGAAAUUCCGAGUAUUGACAGAGAUUCAUAAUAAGGUUUUACCAAAUAAGCUCAUCGAACUAGAGAAAGCAUUACAAGGGUUUAAGUAUUCCUACUUUGAUUUCUUCCAGGCUGCCACUGAUAUAAUUGAUCACCCAUCGAGAUACGGGUUCAAAGAGGCAAAGACAGCAUGUUGUGGUAGUGGUCCUUAUAGAGGAUUGUCCAGUUGUGGGGGUAAAAGGGGGCAGUUGAAAGAGUAUGAGUUAUGCAAAGAUGUUAGGGAUUAUAUGUUUUUUGAUAAUUUUCACCCCACAGAGAAGUCUAACUUGCACUUUGCUACAUUACUUUGGAAUGGGGUCCCUAAUGUUGUUAGGUCUUGCAGUGUGAAGUCAUUAUUUGAACAAGUGUUGUAGAUUAUUUCUAUGCACAAAUGAAAAUAAAAAUUUCUCUUUCUUCC